AUGGCAAAUAAGGACUCCUUCAUCGUCUAUGAUGGAAGUCGCAUCCUCCUCACCAAGAGCAUCAGGAGGAUUGGGCAGAGCUGGGGCUUGAGCUUGGCAUACUUCAAAGAGUUUUCCUGCCCAAGUUUCGACUAUCAAACGAGUUUUGGAUCCAGGAUCAUUCCAACCAAAAGAGAGGCAUUAGCUUUACCAGUUGCAGCCAGCCUCAUUCCUUUGGAGUCGAUUGUGGUGAAGAAACGUGAUCCAGAAGCAGAAGCAGUAGCAAAGAAAGCAACUGAGGAGAGCAGAGAAGAGAACGAACUUGAAAGGAUGAAACGUUUUGAUGAUCCAGGCAAGGCAGUUAUUGUGCACUAUGAGGACGAGGAGACUUUGGACUCUGCACCAUUAGAACACCCCAUGGAGAACAUCGAAAACACGCCUGUGGAGAACAAGACUUUGGUGCAGGAGGAGUCUGAGAAAAGCAAAGGAGAUGUUUUAGAGGUGGAUGAUGACACACCUUUGGAAAGUUUGAAGGUUCCUUUGUCAACUCAAAUUCGGUUCCGAGGGACAAGCAGUGCUUCAAGUGUACAACAACCUGCAUCUUUGCCUGCAGGAGCUUUAGCCUCAAGUCCAACCAGUACAAGAUCAGCAGAAGGAGGGGAUGAAGAGCAUGUUGCGAAGAAACUCAAAGGUAGUCCAGCCAAGAAGCUCAAAAUCGGGCAAGUUAAAGAAGAGAUGGAGGCUUGCAUUCGCACAGUUCGUUUUGGUAACCUUGAGUUUUACACAGUUGAUGAACCAGAAGUGGAUGGAGAGGAUAUCAACUCAGACCUCUUCAGCGACUCCUUUUACCAUGAGGAGCCAAGUGCAAUUCCUGAGUGCUUGUGGGCAGAUGGAUUUGAAAAGCCAGGAGAACCAGACCGAGAUGUGGAUGCAGUUGCUGAACAAGUUGAACUGGAUCGUUUAGCCAAGAUGGAAGUUCUUCGUGCUGCAGAUCAACCAGAUGACAUGUGCUAUCUCAUUGAUGAGCCCUACAUGGAUGCUUUGGCUACGUCCUGGAGUUUGUGGACGAGCUCGGGUUUGGCAGUGCUUGCUUGCAUUGGUCUCGCAAUCAUUGCUGUGAUGAUGCUUGCGCUUUUCUUCCUCUUCAAGAUGCGCCGCGAGGUGAAAGAGCUCAAGGAGAAUUUGCAAGUUCUGAGAGCCGAGGAAAUCCAUGGCAUCAAUUGCUCUAUGAGCCACAUUGACGAGGAAAUCAACACGUUGGCAGGUCGGAUGCUUUUCCAGCGCAAUUUGGCAGAAGUUGCCAAAUUGAAUGGAGUUUCAGCAGCAAACCGGGCGGAAACACGAACUGAAGAAGCCUUUCAGAUGUUCUUUCGUCUGUGGGAAGGUUUGAUCAACUUGGGUGGCUACAUUAACAGCUUUGAGGAACCCAUGGAUGAGCAUGAGCGUCGUGGUCUCUUCUUGCGAAACAGUGAUCUUCGAGAUGAAGACAGGAGGAGCAGACGAGACAGCCCAGUGAGCCGUGACUUUGAAGUAGAAAACUUGGAUGAAGCAGAUGAUACCCAGUACGGAGCACCACGUACUUCACCAGAACCUGAACCUCAUACAGUUCUCAAUGAGAAUCUCCCACCUGGCUAUGAACCCGACAAUGAAACUCAGUUGCCAAUUAAUCCUGAGGAAGAGAUGCAGGGCUAUGCAGAUCGUUUGGAUCAGGAAAUUCGUGACUUACGCGAAGUUCAAGACGAAGCAGCCGGAGUUGGAGACGAAGUUGAAGCCGAAAGGGUUGGUCAAAUGAUCAACAACCUGGAAGGCUUGCUUUUUCAUUUACCAAGGCCAACAAGGCUGAGGUGA